AUGCCGGCCAAGAAGAGAAGCUCAAAGCGCGUCGUCGCGACCAAGGUGAAAGCAGCGGAGAAGCCUGAGCAAAAGGCGGCAAUCAAGCCUCCCUCGUCCGUCACUCAUGCGCCCGUCACAAAGCCGCUGGACGUCCUCGCGCACCCCCUGAUCCUCUCCCUCAUCAUCGACCACUCUCCCCCUUUCACCCUCGCCACCCUACUUCGCUGCUCCAAGCAACUCUUCCAGUUCACCGUACCCUCCCUCUAUCGCGCCCUUCGCGUCACGUCCAAGCAGCUAUCGAGCAUGCUGGACACCGGUCGGGCGGCCAGCAAACGGGGCGCGUCCUCAGGUCUCCUCGGUAGAUCCUUCUCGCCUUACCUGCGGGAGGCACUUCAGCACGUCCGGUCGUUGCAGUACGUCGACUUUGACCAGCGCGUCGCAUUUCCGGCGGUCCCACGAGGGUGCCUCGACGACAUCCAGACGGUCGUCGUCUACCCCGAACUUACUACCUACCACUUGUGGGACUGGCGCUUCGAACUCCCUUCGGGCCCUUCGGGCCUCCGAUCCCGGACCAAGACAGCGCAUUUGAGCCAGAGGCGGAGGCGGAAACGGACCAUGCGGAUGUGGCCUUUGGGUUUCGACCGGACCUACAACAUCGGAAGCUUGACUGGCGCCACCUUGCUGGUGCCCCUCGCGUGGCGCUUGGAAAAUAUGCCGCAGUUCAUCGAUUGUGAUGACAAUGGGUCCGGCGUCCUGGAGUCUAUAGUCCUCUUGCCGCCGAAGGGGUCAGAGAAGACGGUCACUGGGUGGACCGACUCCGAGAUGGGGAAGUCUGUCAUCGCGGCGCGGCGGGGCAGCUGGAUGAUCGACCUCGUCAAGCGAUCAUACUAUCACCCCAUUCGUAUCGUCGCGCCCAGAAGCUUCGGCGUCGCCUUCCACCUCGGACGCGAGGACAUACAAGCCGCGGUGGAACGCUUCCGCGGCCCUGACUGGGGGGGAUACGCAUGCCACGGCGGGAAACUCGACGUCCCCAAAUACUCCAUCACUUUCGUGCCGUUCAUUGAGUGGCUGGACGAACAGGAGCAGGGGUCUAUCUUUACAUUGGAGGAGGAGGCGGAGCUCAGGGAGGCGGAUAGGGAGUUGACAGAGCACAGCGCGGCCGAAGCGCAGAAGCUGGCCACCUAA